GUAACGUCAAGUGAUACUAAAUUAUAAGUAACGCAUCGCAGUGUGUUUGAAAGGCUUGCAACUUUGCCUUUUUUAGUAUCAGGUGAUUUUCUCCUUAUAUGCUGUUCUUUUUUUCUUUUGACAAAUGUCUUGGAUACUUGUAUUCACAUCUGUCAGUAUCAUAUUGCAAGGAACGUAGUUAGAAGUUCACAAUCCAUUGCCGCAAACAGCGCCCCCUAGAAUACUUCCGCUGGGCUAGGACGCCACCUAUGAAUGCGAGGUCUGCGCGGAAUGAGUGCACAAUCGAAAAGUAUUUAUGGCAUACGCGUAAUUGCAACUAUGGACUAUAUCUACCAGACUGCACCGAUACGAAACGCAGCUGUUCUCAUACCUACCACUCAGUUCGAGCUAGAGGAUUAAGAUGGAGAAUCGUCCGAACCAGACAAUUUACAUCAAUAACCUGAAUGAGAAGGUGAAAAAGACAGAUUUGAAGAAAUCCCUAUACGCCAUAUUCUCACAGUUUGGCCAAAUUUUGGAGAUUGUGGCACUGAAGAACCUGAAGAUGAGAGGCCAGGCCUUUGUUGUAUUCAAGGAUAUAUCAAGUGCAACAAAUGCCCUGCGUUCAAUGCAAGGAUUCCCUUUUUAUGAGAAGCCAAUGCGCAUCCAGUACUGCAAGUCCGAGUCGGACGCGGUGGCCAAGCUGAAGGGCACCUAUGUAGAGCGGCCCAAGCGCCGCGACCCGCCCAACAAGAAGGCCAAGAAGCGCGCGCCGGCGCCGGUGGCAGUGCCGGCGCCGGUGGCGAUGCCGGCGGCGCGCGCGGCGGUGCCGCAGCCGGCGCCGGUGGCGCCCGUGGCCGCCAUGGUGCCGCCGCCGCCGGUGGUGGUGCCCGAGCAGCCGCCCAACCAGAUCCUCUUCCUCACCAGCCUGCCCGAGGAGACCAACGAGAUGAUGCUGCAGAUGCUCUUCAACCAGUUCCCCGGCUUCAAGGAGGUGCGGUUGGUGCCCGGCCGGCACGACAUUGCCUUCGUCGAGUUCGAGAACGAGAUGCAGUCGACGGCCGCCAAGAACGCCCUCCAGGGCUUCAAGAUCACCCACUCGCACGCCAUGAAGAUCGCCUUCGCCAAGAAGUGAGCGGCGCCGCUGCCGGCUGGAUUCCAGUCCCUCAUCGCACCCCUCCCGGCACCCAGCUGCGUCCCGCCCGUCUCAUCGCAUCGCAUUGGCGUUCGGCGCAGAUAAUACAUGUGUUGUACCAG